AUGUCUCCACCUCCACCCCAACCCAACCCUCUCGACCUCUCGCAGUGGGCACGCGCGUUGGACUUCGAGGCACACCUCAACCUCCUAGAUGGCGUCUAUGGCCGACCCGUCGAGCCUCCAGUCUCCGCUGCUGUCGUCGCUCCUACAUCUCCGCCUCCAGCCUCCGCCGCCGCAGCCGCUCCUCCUCCACCUCCACCUGCAUACCAACCCACCGCCGCCGAGAAAACAGAACCAACUGCCGUCACCAAAGCCGCCUCAACGCCUCUGUCAUGCCCGCAGCCCCGUCUAUCCAACGUCCUAAGAUCAAGAGCAAACAUGCGAGCGGCCACGCGCGAAGCCAGAAACGCUGCCGAUAGGGCUGAGCAAGAAGCUGCCAGACGUGCCGCAGAUAAGCCGAGCGAGAAAGAACGUGAAUGGAUGGAAAUUUUCUCACGGGGUUUGCUUGAUUAG